AUGAGAUGUUUUUUCUCCUUCGUUGAGGUCGCCUUCGGGAAACCCGGCGAGCCGCGACGCCAAAAAGCCGUUCGGUUCGUCCUCUCUUUUCGUUAUAAUUGCACCCGUUGGGAUGUAUUGGGAAUCGGGAGUUUCUUUUCGCUUUGCCCAUUCGUCGAACGAGCAAAGCUUGGAUCUGCGGUCCAGGUGAAGGGAUCGACGUCCCCCCGGGAUGAAUCACGUGCCCCCUUUCUCUCUCUCGUGCAGGAGCCCUUCGCCGAAUCCUUCUUGGAGAGGGGGGAAGAGGAGAGGAGUGCCUCGAGGGAAGACGAGGGGAGCCGGCCCCCCGUUCCCGUCCUGGCGGAAGAAGUGGAGGAGGAGGAAGAGGAAGAGGAAGAAGAAGAAGAAGAGGAGGAGGAGGAGGAGUUGUGGCCGCGGGAGAGCCUCCUGUCGCAGGUGAAGGCGGAGCGGGACCAGCUCUCCAUCCGAUACAACGCCCUCGGCGAAAAGGUAAAAGUUCGAGUCGACCCGCGAGGCCGUGUCGUGACGGAUCGCGAUCGAGAGCCCCGAGUUGCCCGGGUUCGUGUCCCUUCGAUCCGAUCGUGGGGUCGGUCGUCCGUUCGUGUCGACGCCUGCAGUUCGACGUGCGGACGGUCGGUGGAGGGAGGAGAAGAGAGGUUCCCGAGAAGUACGUUUUCGCCUUUCGCGUGCGUGUGGGCCGUGGGAAGGCAUUUCCGCUUUCGGGUGGUGCGCUUCGCCCUGCGGAGGGAGUUCGACGCCGAGGACGUCUCGGGGGAAAGGCCGGCUCGCUCGGGAAGGCACGGGAUGGGGGGCGUCUCGUCGCGGUCGGAUCCGUGGGGGCUGGCCACGAAUCCGUCGGAGUGA